CAGGAAAAAGUUGCAUGCACUAGGGGCAUCCCGCCUGCCUGGUGAAAGGAACCGCAGCGCACGGGGUGGGAGGGCUUCCGAUUUUAGCAGGGCGGCUUCCGGAAGGCGGAGCUCCAACCCCAUUUCCUUUCUCUGGGCUGGUUCUGGCCCAGCUGCACCUGCGUGUGGCCCUGGCGCCCCGGCUCCCUGCAGCUCCGAGGCAGCAGCAUGGGUGGCGCGAGGGACGUGGGCUGGGUGGCAGCAGGGCUGGUCCUGGGCGCCGGCGCCUGCUACUGUAUCUACCGGCUGACUCGGGGACCGCGGCGAGGCGGUCGCCGACUGCGCCCUUCGCGGUCCGCAGAAGACCUCACCGAUGGCUCCUAUGAUGAUACCUUAAAUGCGGAACAGCUUGAGAAACUUCUGUACCUGCUGGAGUCGACCGAUGAUCCUAUAAUUACUGAAAAAGCCUUGGUCACCUUGGGAAAUAAUGCAGCCUUUUCCACUAACCAGGCCAUUAUUCGUGAGUUGGGUGGUAUCCCAAUUGUUGGAAACAAAAUCAACUCCCUGAACCAAAGUAUUAAAGAGAAAGCUUUAAAUGCACUGAAUAACCUGAGUGUGAAUGUUGAAAAUCAAACUAAGAUAAAGAUAUAUGUCCCUCAAGUCUGUGAGGACGUCUUUGCUGAUCCCCUGAACUCUGCAGUGCAGCUGGCUGGACUGAGGCUGCUGACAAACAUGACGGUCACCAACGACUACCAGCACCUGCUCAGCAGCUCCGUCGCGGGCCUGUUCCACCUGCUGCUUAUGGGAAAUGGAAGCACCAAGGUUCAGGUUCUGAAGCUGCUUUUGAAUUUGUCUGAGAAUCCAGCCAUGACAGAAGGACUACUGAGUGUCCAAGUGGACUCUUCAUUCCUUUCCCUUUAUGAUGGCCAAGUAGCAAAUGAGAUUCUUCUUCGGGCUCUUACACUGUUUCAGAAUAUAAACAAUUGCGUCAAAGUGGAAGGCCGGUUAGCUAGUCAGCUUCCCUUUGCUAAAGGAUCAUUGUUUUUUCUGUUAUACGGAGAAGAAUGUGCCCAGAAAAUGAAAGCUUUAGCCUGUCAUCAUGAUGUGGAUGUGAAAGAGAAGGCUUUAGCAAUAAAGCCGAAAUUCUGAUUGGUUGCUCCUAUUUUUAUCAAAGCAUCAAACAGUAAUGCCGUCUUAAGUCAGCACACAGGACCGUUUACCUGCCCUUAAAAGGGUUCUUUCAGCUGAUGGAGUUAAACAAUGGACGCAAGUGUGCGCAGCUCUAAUCCAACGCGGUGUUCAAACUUUUCGGUUUUGGAGUGGUUCAGAUUUGGGGUUUGGGGAUUGAGAAGAGUCUGGAACCUUCAGAGGAUGUGAGUCACUUAUGGGGCAAACGUCUAGCUGUGAUCGUGGAUGGACUGGCCAUGCUCCUCAGGACUCUUUUGAAGGAUUCUAGUGCUAUUGAAUGGAUAUGAGGGGUGUACUGAAGACGCUUACUGGGGUAUUUAAUGGUUUCCUGACAUGAACUGAGUGGCCUUUCUCUGUACAAUCCUAACUCCUGGGAGUGGUUUGCAGUUGCUCAGGAGACAGCGUUAGGUGCUGAGUUGAAGAGGAUUACUGCCACAGCAAGCCUCAAACCAGUGACUAUUGCAAGCUCGAGCCCACCACCAACCCUGCCAGACUGCUUGCAAGUCUGAGUCCAUCAUGCUACUCUGUCUGCAGCAUUUCUGAUCCGUAGGACUGUACUUCCAUUUACAGUACUUACAUGUGCAUGUACUUACAUGGAAAAGGUUUUCUUACUGCUUACCCCCUUGUGUAAGAUACUGGGGAGCGAGCACUCCAAGCUUCCACCCACAGGCAGGCAGCCCUUUAAAGAAAGUGUCCUAGCCGGGCGUGGUGGCUCAUGCCUUUAAUCCCAGCACACGGGAGGCAGAGGCAGGCGGAUUUCUGA